GAGGCUAACAUUCGUGUGUGGAGUGGGAGAGGAGACUAGACUCUGACGACGAGCACAACGUAUUCAGCAGUGUUCAGCGAAGAAUCCAGUCAUGACAGCUCUCGUGGACAUUCGUGCAGCUCCAUUGGCGGUGUCGUCGCGGGGGCGCUUUGUCCGGCAGCAAGCGGCCACUCGCUCACCGCUGGUAGCCCAGCCGCUUCUCGUCCCGCGCGUCACCCCUUGGGGCCGCGUCCCAUGCCCCCGCCGUCCGUCGCUGCACCGUUCCCUGCGCGCCAUGGCCGGCCAGUCCCCCCAGGGCGGUCGGCAGCCGUGGGACCUGGGGCGCUUCGCGCGCACCGUGCUCUUCUUCAACGAGCCGCCGUCCCUCGACUCCCUCCUCACGUCGCUGGUCAGUGCGCUCACAGGCGCCUCCUCGUCCCCCGCGCCAGUGGCCGCAGCGGGGAGGGCCAGACAGGAGGGGGAGCAGCUGGUGCUGGUGGUGGGGGCGACGGGGGGAGUGGGCAGGCGCGUCGUGGAGCAGCUGAGGGCGCAGGGGGUGCCUGUGCGCGCGCUGGUGCGCAACUUGGAGAAGGCGCGCAGAUUGUUGGGGGAAGACGUUGAUGUGGUGGCGGCAGACGUGACUCAGAUGGCCACGUUGCAGCCGGCGUUCUUCAGGGGCGUCACGGCGGUGGUCAAUGCGUGCGCCGUCACCGUGGGGCCCAAGGAGGGCGACACUGCGGACCGCCAAAAAUAUUAUCAGGGCAUCAAGUUCUACGACCCCCAGAUCAUUGGCAACACGCCCGAGGCCGUGGAGUGCACGGGUGUGGCCAACCUGCUCGCCAGGCUGCGCCCCCAACUCGCCACUGCUGCUGGCUGCCACACCAUCUUCUCCCUCACCGACAGUGGGGAGCCAGUGGGGGCGCUGUGGGGCGCACUGGAUGACGUGGUGAUGGGGGGGGUGAGUGAGAGCGCGCUGCAGUACGACAAGAUGGCAGGGGAGGGAGGGCUGCCAGCUGCUCUCUUCAGAGGCGUGGUGUCCACUGCCAACAGUGGUGGCUUUGUCAGUGUGCGCACCAAGAACCUUGCGCCUGCUCUGGAUCUGUCAGCGCAUGAAGGGUUGGAGGUACGCGUGCGGGGAGAUGGGCAGCGAUACAAGCUGAUCGUGCGCACCACAGCCGCUUGGGACGCCCUGGGCUACACCGCCAGCUUCGACACCCUCGCAGGCGCCUGGCACACGGUGCGCCUGCCCUUCUCGUCCUUUGCACCUGUUUUCCGUGCGCGCACUGUGCCGGGAGCUCCACCGCUCGACACUUCCAAUGUUGCGUCACUGCAGCUGAUGCUGAGCAAGUUUGAGUAUGACGGUCGCCUCAACCCCUCCUUCACACCGGGCCCAUUCACCCUGCCUCUCACCUCCAUCGCUGCCUAUCCAUUAGAUCCCUUACCACUGCCCAGGAUUGUGCACGUGGGGUCGGCGGGUGUGACGCGCCCCAAGCGUCCAGGGCUGGAUCUGUCUCGGCAGCCGCCAGCGGUGCGCAUGAACGAUGAGCUGGGGGGCAUCCUCACGUGGAAGCUGCGCGGCGAGGACCUUGUGCGCGGCAGCGGGUUGCCCUUCACCGUGGUGCGCCCAUGCGCACUCACAGAGGAGCCAGUGGGCGCGCCACUGCUCUUCGACCAGGGUGACAACAUCACGGGCAAGAUUGGAAGGGCGGAGGUGGCUCGCAUCUGUGUGGCGGCUUUGUCAUCACCAGCUGCUGCCAACAAGACUUUUGAGGUGAAGAGCACAGUGCCGUUCAGUGAGCCAUUCACGGUGGACCCCAAUGACCCACCCAUGCCCUGCGACACUGAGCCCUUCUUCGCAGCACUGCAACCUGGCAUCACUGGGAAAGAGCUGCUGGAGGAAGAUGCCGCAGUGUGAGUUGCGGUGGGUGGGUGACUGUCUCAGAAAAACGCAAUGACUAGAAUGAGGCAUACAGGCUGGUUUUGUGCUAUGGUGCUGUCUAGCCUAAAAUAAUACAGAAAUAUGUUGACACACCCCCUAGGCUAACAAUGGGCAGUGCUUGACAAGAGACAUGCAGCUCAGGGCGGCA